AAUUAAUAAUUUACAAACUACAUUUUUUUCUUGCAAGAACAAGAUGCCUACAGUGUUAACAGAUGUCUUUAGAGGCCAUCCCAUUCACCUCCCACACACUCACCAACCUGACUUCACAUCCCUUAGUGAGCUCCCGGAUUCUUACACGUGGACCUCCAAAGACGAUCCCCUCUUCACCGCUCCUCCUUCCCCUCCGGGCGCCGGUGAAAGCAUACCUCUCAUUGAUCUGAAUCACCCCGACGCGGCCAACCAAAUCGGCCGUGCAUGUAGAACGUGGGGUGCGUUCCAGAUAGCAAACCACGGCGUGCCUUUGGAACUUCUCCAAGACAUUGAGUUUCUCACCGGUAGUCUUUUUCAGCUACCAGUCCAGCGCAAGCUUAAGGCGGCUCGGUCAGAUGCAGGUUUCUCUGGCUACGGCGUCGCUCGUAUCUCAUCUUUCUUUAAUAAGAAAAUGUGGUCCGAAGGCUUCACCAUCACCGGUUCCCCUCUCAAUGAUUUCCGUAAACUUUGGCCCCAACUUCACCUUAACUACUGCGACAUCGUUGAACAGUACGAGGAACAAAUGCAAAAGUUGGCAUCGAAGUUGAUGUGGCUAUCACUGAAUUCACUUGGCGUCAGCGAAGAAGACAUUAAAUGGGCCAGGGUCAGUUCAGAUUUAAACUGGGCCCAAUCUGCCCUCCAGCUAAACCACUACCCGGUUUGUCCUGAACCCGAUCGGACUAUGGGUCUAGCACCCCAUACCGACUCCACCCUCUUGACCAUACUCUACCAGAACAAUACCGCCGGUCUCCAAGUAUUUCGUGAUGAUCUUGGUUGGGUCACCGUGCCACCGGUUCCUGGCUCGCUCGUGGUCAAUGUUGGUGAUCUUUUCCAUAUUCUAUCCAACGGUUUGUUUAAAAGCGUGAUUCACCGUGCUCGGGUUAACCAAACCAGAUCCCGGUUAUCCGUAGCUUUCCUUUGGGGUCCACGGUCCGAUACAAAGAUAUCACCUGUACGAAAACUGGUUAGUCCUGAUGAAUCGCCUUUAUAUCGAUCGGUCACAUGGGCAGAGUAUCUCCGAACAAAAGCAACCCACUUCAAUAAGGCUCUUUCAAUGAUUAGAAAUCACAGAGAGAAAUAA